UUUUCCAUGAUCAGUAACAGCAACAAAAUGUCGACAGACAUAUCACCAACAGAACUAAAACAAAAAAGUUAUAAAUGGGACAUUGUCUGGCGCAAUGUCUUCCUGAUUACAACCGUACACCUUGCCGGAUUGUACGGUGUCUAUGCCAAAUACUACUUCAUUCCAAAAUGGCAGUCAUUCGUCUUCAAUGUAGCACAGAUAAUAUUUCAAGGCAUGGGCAUAACAGCAGGCCGCCAUCGCCUUUGGAGUCACCGCGCGUACAAAGCGCAUUACUCCGUUCAAAUCUUCCUGGCAAUAAUGGCCGCCAGCGUUUACGAACAGAGUAUCUACCUUUGGUGUCGUGACCAUCGCCUGCAUCACAUCCACAGCGACACCGACGCUGAUCCGUACAACUCCCAGCGUGGUUUCUUCUUCUGUCACAUCGGAUGGUUCUUCCUGCGUAAACACCCGGAAAUCACACGCAAAGGUGCCAAAGUUGACUUGAGCGACUUGCGCGCCAAUCCCGUCGUUAUGUUCGAACACAAAUACAACAAACCAUUAGCGAUUAUAUUCACACUACUAUUACCAUGUGUCAUUCCGAUAUUAUGCUGGAAUGAGCGCGUGGAAGUCGCGGUAUUUUAUUGUUGCUUUUGGCGAUUGUUGUUAAUUCUCCACGCGACGUGGAGCGUGAAUAGUUUUGCACAUUUAUACGGCUGGCGUCCGUACGAUGCAAACAUCCCACCGGCAGAAAACACGUUUGUUUCCUUUGCUAGUGGUGGCGAAGGAUUCCACAACUACCACCACACAUUCCCGUGGGAUUACAAGGCGGCUGAGUUGAGCGGUGAUUCUAGAAACAUCACAACUGCAUUUAUCGAUACCCUUGCGAAAUUCGGGCUUGUUUACGACCGGAAAUCAGCGUCAAGAGGGAUAAUUAAGCAGAGGAUCGAACGCACAGGUAAUGAAGACUUCCUUGGCUCAAAAAACAAUGUUUUGAACACCUUCAUCAGUAUAAUCGCCCUAAUCAUAAUUGUAUAAUAAAAUAAUUAAUUAAUA